CUGUCCAGUCAAAGAUUACAAUCCAGCUGCCCAUACUUAAAGGAUGAAGGGUACAAUAUUUAGUGUAAGAUAUAAGAUUGAAGUUGGAAAGAUGGGUCAUUAAAGAUGGUUCAAAGGUCUCCAAUAAGGUCGAUGGGAGGUAAGACCCCUCUCUAACUGUUAAUGGAAGCGUUGUGGAAAACUGCAGUGAUUUCCAGCCCUACUCGUGGUGGAAUAUGCUCUGGAGGUCGCAACACCAAGUGCACUUCCUGCUUCUCACCCGUGGCAACGCCGACUGCGCUCAGGUCAUCAGCCGGCCCGGCGACAUCAGCGCAUCAAACUUCAACGCCAGCCGCCCCACCAAGAUCAUCAUGCACGGAUUCAGAUUGACAGGGAGCAAGCCAUCGUGGGUUGACAGCAUGGCCAAGGAACUGAUUCAUGCAAUGGACGUGAAUGUUGUUACGGUAGACUGGAUCAUUGGAGCCACAGCUUUGUACACCUCCGCAGUGAAAAACAUGGACACGCUGGGAGUGAAGAUUGUUUCCUUUAUACAAACACUUGUACAGCGGGGAAGCACAAGAGAGUCCUUCCAUUUGAUUGGGAUCAGUCUGGGAGCACAUGUGGCUGGAUAUGUGGGUCAAAUGUUUGAUGGAAAACUUGGAAGAAUUACAGGCCUGGACCCUGCGGGACCCAAGUUUUCCAGGAGUACUGGGGAGAGACGGCUGGAUGCCAGCGAUGCCCUGUUUGUGGAAGCCAUUCACAGCGACUCUGACUACUUUGGGAUUUCCCAGCCAGUUGGCCACCUCGAUUUCUACCUGAACGAUGGAAAUGACCAACCUGGCUGCUCAAGGUCCUCCCGGCUCUCAGUGUACCAGCGCGUGACGUGUGACCACAUGAGGGCCGUUUAUUUGUACAUCAGUUCCAUCAAGAACCCUUGUCCAUUGGUUGCUUUCCCCUGCCAGACAUACGAGCAAUUUGCCAACGGGGACUGUGCCGACUGCCAUCACCAGUCCCUGACGCACUGCCCUCGUAUAGGGCUUUUGGACCGUGCAGGAUUGCACACGGACAUACGACCGAGGCAAGUUAAAGCCUUCCUGAUGACAUCAAGUCACAUUCCUUUCUGUGCUAAACAUUUCCUGGUGGAAGUGUUUCUGGGAGAGGUUGGGCCUCAUCAGCAGCGUGUCGAUGUGAUAUUCUUGAGUAGUAAAUACACCCGUUUGUCAAAACUGCAAAUAUCCGUAUCCAACAAGCAUUCAAAAAUGAAAAAGGUGAUCGCACAUGAUCAGAGCAUUGAGGACAUGGCAUCGAUCGCUCUGACACUGUCAUCGAGCUGGCGUAGAAAGCCCCACACCAUUCACAUCGAGGAGAUGCGCGUGACAGAGCUCCCUCUGAAUCACAGAGACAGACCAUCGCGCUGCAUCUAUAAUAUGGUGAUAUACAAAGCUCUAUUUAAAGAAUUUGGCGCCUGUCAGUAGAAGUGUCUCAGCAUCGAUUGUUCCGGGAAGAACGCUGCCAAACAACGCUGCCAGUUGCAAUACAAGUGAAUGUUAGUUGGACCUGGUUAAUAUAUGAUAUACGGAGAUAUUAACCUAGCAUGCAGCACAUUUGUCACGUGUAGCGUAUUGAAUGAUACAACAGCCAACAUAAUCAAAGACUUGUCCACCCGGUCUGUCAUUCCUUCUCCCCGCUCCAGUCCGGCAGAAGGUACAGAAGCACAAAAGCGGUCUUCACCAGCUUCCUCCCCUCUGCCAUCAGGCUUCUGAACGGUCCUUCCAUAAGCUAGGUGAUGUCCGAUUCACCUCUACCCCAAUCUGGACAUUGCACUUUGCCCAAAUGCGUUACAAUGCUGAGAACUAUAUCCCGCACUCUGUAUCUUCCCCUUUGUUUCACCUAUUGUACUAGACUUUGACUUGAUUGUAUUUAUGUGUUGUAGCGGCAUCUGCAGGUGCCUGGGAGUAGUCGAACCCUGCGGUUGGUUACCUCAGUCACCUAACCGUGGGGAGGGUUUUUUCUGGGCAAGCCCAUUCAUUCUCUUAGCCACCGUUGUGGUAGUAGUACUGUAUUUAGCCGUCUCAAGAUUACUGGUGUUUUCACCACUUUCACAAUAAAGCUCAAUUGGAAUUCAA